AUGGCGUACGGACGAGGUCAUACCUCAUUUACAAUCGACACAUUAAAAUUACCCAAAGAUAGUUUACCGUUAGCUGUUACUGAACCACCUCCAGUUUUUCCUCAUAUUACUAGUAGUUUUAUUAGUUCACGUUUAGAAUGGUCGUUAUUGCCGCGAGAAUUGCGAAAGGCAUGCCGGACAGCUUUAAGAGACGCUAAGAAAACGCAGCCACAACGUAUUAUUAAACCAAGCGUAACCAAGAAGACAAAGAAAAUCGUUCGCAAUAUGAUUGAUGAUGAUAUUGUUGAUCUAAAUAAAUAUGGAGACGACGUCGAAGAAGUAGAGAAUGAAGAGGCUGAAGAUCAAACCGAUGAAAAAAUAGUGGAUGAUGAUGGUACAAUAAACGAUGCAGAUAUUGACGAUGAAGAUGAAAAAAAAGCAAAAGCUCAGUCAGAAAAUAAAAAAAAAUUGACCGAUAAUGAAAAUGAAGUAGAAGCUGUUGAUGACGAACAAAUGGAAGAAGAUAUGGCUAGUGAUGAAGCUGAUGAUUACAUUAGAAAUUAUGAUACAGGUGACGACGAUUUAGAAAAUGAUGAUAGCGAAGGAGAAGGAGGCGGUGGACAAACCUGUUUCACUGAACAAUCGUUGUCGACGACAACAUUACCGAUUACUUCCUUGGCAGCUUCAUCAUUUCCAUUAACUUUAAACAACGAUGAAAUAGUAGAAGAAAAAAAUUUAUCAAAUCAUAAUAAACGUAGUGCUGAACAAUGGAACAAUAAAUCAUUAUCAUCAACAGAAAUUUUAAACGCUAAAAAAAAAUUUAUUCAAAACGGGAACGACGACAUUAUUCUCGACCACCGAACGAACAAAAAUAGCACGAUUACUGGUAACAUCGACAACGAUAAAAAGAUUGACUUAACAAAUUCAUCACCGGACGAGCCAUCAUCAACCACUGAAGGGCAAACCGAAAGUCUUAGUUCAGCAUCACCACCUCAAACACCCAUAUAUCUAAUGUCGUCUAGUCAGCAAUCGUCGGUUGUUCAACCGCUUCUUACCGACUUGUAUCAAAUUUCUAUGGCAUAUGCCUAUUGGAAAGGCAACAAAUAUCAAGAUAUAGCUGUAUUUGAUUUAUAUUUUCGUAAAAAUCCAUUUGGUGGUGAAUACACAUUAUUUGCCGGUUUAGAAGAAUGUCUGAAAUUUGUAAGAGAUUAUAAAUUUCAUUCCACAGAUAUCGACUAUUUAAAAACAAUAUUACCACAAUAUGUUGAAAAAGAAUUUUUUGCAUAUCUGAGCCAAUUGGUUAUGGAUGAUAUUAAAAUAUAUGCAGUACCUGAAGGUACGGUUGUAUUUCCGCGUAUUCCACUGUUACGUGUUGAAGGUCCAAUAUUAAAAACACAAUUAUUGGAAACAACUUUCUUAACAUUGAUUAAUUAUGCUAGUUUAGUGGCUACAAAUGCCGCUCGAUUUCGGUCAGCAACCGGUGCCGAUAAAACAUUAUUAGAAUUUGGUUUAAGACGAGCACAAGGACCUGAUGGUGGUUUGAGUGCAUCGAGAUAUUGUUAUAUCGGUGGUUUUGAUGGAACAUCAAAUGUUUUAGCAGGAAAAUUGUAUGGUAUACCAAUUAAAGGCACUCAUGCUCAUGCCUAUGUUAAUUCAUAUUCAGCUAUUAAUGAUUUAUCAGAACGUGAUUUAUGUGAUCGUAGAACGGGUGAAAAACGUCCAUUUACAAAGUUAUGUUUACAAUAUUUAGACGAAAUUGGUCCGGUACUAAAAUUUAUGCCAGAAGAAGUAAAUCAUGGCGAAUUAGCAGCAUUUAUCUCAUAUGCGAUUGCAUUCCCGUCAAAUUUUUUAGCAUUAGUUGACACAUACGAUGUACUUAAAUCAGGCGUUCCCAAUUUCUUAGCGGUGGCUCGUGCUUUACAUGAAUGUUCAUAUCAAGCUGUUGGUUUACGUUUGGAUAGUGGAGAUUUAGCCUAUUUAAGUUUAGAAGUACGAUCAAAAUUUCAACUGGUUGCACAAAAAUUUAAUUUACCCUAUAUGGAACAUUUUAUGAUUGUAGCUAGUAAUGACAUUAACGAAGAAACGUUAAUAUCAUUAGAAAAACAAGGCCAUUCAAUUGAUACAUUUGGCGUUGGAACACAUUUGGUUACAUGUCAAAAACAACCAGCAUUAGGAUGUGUUUACAAAUUAGUUGAGUUAAAUGGUUCUCCGCGUAUAAAAGUGAGUCAAGAUAUAGAAAAAGUGACAAUACCAGGUCGAAAAAACGUUUAUCGUCUAUUUGGUCAUGAUGGUAAAGCUCUUUGUGAUUUAUUAACGAGACAUGACGAAGUCUGUCCUGUCCAGACUCAACGUAUACUCAGUCGUCAUCCAUUUUCGGAGCAAAGACGUGCCUAUGUUAAUCCAACGUCUGUAUUAGACUUAUACAAGCUUUAUUGGGCAGAUAAUCAAAUAAAAAUACCAUUGCCGACGUUGAAAGAAGUUAAAAUGUAUGCAAAAGAACAAAUUGAAUCAUUGAGAAAAGAUCAUAAACGAGAUUUAAAUCCAACACCGUACAAAGUAUCAGUAACUAAUGCUCUAUUUGAAUUUAUGCAUUCAUUAUGGAUGAAGAGUGUUCCAAUUGGCGAAUUAGAAUAG